CGCGUUUCGCUUCUCCGUUUUGGAUUGUUGAAGUCUCAAUGCACUUUUCUCGUAUGUCACUCAUAUGUGUCACUUGUUAACUUACCGGAAAGCGUGAGGAGCGUCAGGGCUGAAAGCUGGAAGGAUUUCUGCGAGACGUUACGUGACAGCUCAUGUAGCGCGCAGACGACGUAGUGGAGGAAAGUUUGAGACAAAACUUACUAGUUUUCAGAUUUACUUUGUUGUCAUGAUGAAGGCACGGUUGCGCUCAGCACGGUGUUUGAAGGAAGACGUCGUGGACGCAAAGAACUCCCCAGACUCGAGCAGUAGAUGUGCUACUCGUGCCAAGCCCAAAUCUGCCAAUGCGAGGCCGACUGAACCUCGAGUCGCGGCUAAGAGAAAACCCGAGCUGAAGCGAACGGAAGCUGAGAAUCCCGCUGAAAGACAGUUGCCUGUUACGAAGGCGACACCAGCUGCCGCCUUUGACGCGCAGCAGGAACCCACAUCUUCAAAAACGUCUAAAAGAGCUGGUUCAGCGCCGCUUAAAAUUGAAUAUUCGCAUGGUCCACGUCAUGAAACGGACAAAACAUCCCCUUACUUUCCUUGGGUGCCUAAAAAUUGGGAGGAGGUCUUGGGAAAUGUGCGCAAAAUGCGCCAGGCAAUCGAAGCCCCUGUCGACACCAUGGGCUGCGAUAAGUGUGCCGACCAGUCAGUUCCACAAAAGCUUGUUCGUUACCAGCUUUUGGUUUCACUGAUGUUGUCGAGCCAGACAAAAGAUGAAGUGACACAUGCAGCAGUGGUACGCCUCCGUGAGUUUGCCCUGACUCCGGAAAGUAUAGCAGCAGCCAACGAAAAGCACAUUGAACAACUCAUCUACCCUGUUAGCUUCUACAAGAAUAAAGCCAAGCAUCUGAAGCAGACAGCUAAGGUACUACUGGAGAAGUAUGAUGGAGACAUUCCGGACAGUGUGGAAGGCCUGUGCAGUCUGCCAGGAGUCGGGCCCAAGAUGGCCUACCUGGCCAUGAGCUGUGGCUGGGGCCACACUGUGGGCAUUGGUGUUGAUACGCAUGUGCACCGCAUUUCCAAUAGACUUGGCUGGCUGCCUGCACCCACCAAGACACCAGAACAGACACGCAAAGCGCUGGAGGCGUGGCUGCCCAGAGAGCUGUGGGAUGAAGUAAACCACCUGCUGGUUGGGUUUGGCCAGACGGUGUGCAAGCCGGUGGGUCCCAAGUGUUCCACCUGUCUCAACAUGGAGCUGUGCCCUUUCGGCAGGAAGCAGGGCAAGGGCUCCAGAAAGUGAGCACGUGGUUGGCUCUUACCUAGGGCUGCUGCUGCUGGUAACAGAAGGCACGAGCACAAACGUUAGCAGCCACAUUAUGUUGUUCAAUACCGCUUUUAUAAAACAUUUUUAUUGACAA